AUGGCGGCAGCCAGCAUUCGAACGGUCGUUUUCUUAGCGAUGGUGUUGGCGGUGGGGUUCCUGAUGAUAAUACUGUCUUGCGUGCUCUGGCAUAACUGGCUACCACUGCUCGUUGCGCUGACGUUUGUCCUCGCCCCACUACCAAACGCCAUCUUUGCCCAUUGUGGCUCUGACGAGUUUUCUGCGAGCUACGAUGGAGUCAACUCAGGCCCAGUCGAUCUCGGCCGCUUCAUUACUGCCAUGAUUGUCACGACCGGGUUCGCAAUGCCAGUCGUGCUCGCCCAUGCCCAAGUCAUCCACAAUGCUGCGUGUGUCAUGUCCAUUCUCGGGGGCGGCCUGGUCUAUGGGACUAUCCUCACCUAUUCAGCGGCUUUCAGCCAAGAAGAGUCUGAAUUCGACUAA